UAACUAAAAACAGGCAAAAUAGUAGACGCGCGCCGCGCGUGAUUGCUCGAGCCCGGCCCGCACCCGUCAAACCCCAGAAAGAAGGGUUUAUGGAAGGGCACAUCUCUCUCUCGCCAAGACGCUGCUUCCAUUUCUAUUAUCUGCUAUCUAUGCCGCUGGAAUAAUAUUUCUGGCUUAUAAAGGCCCUUUUUUGCCUGGAUUUGGAGAUGGCUUUGUCGAUUUCUAGAAGAGUAUUGCGUGCCUUCGCUCCCGGCGAUGUUUCUUCUCUGCCAUUUUCUAUAUAUAAUGCAUUUCGUGGUCAUGAUUGUGGUGAUAGCUUGCAUUCGAUGAGAUCUUCUGUCCUCGGAAAGGCAUCUUUGGAUGUUUGUCGGAGGUACUCUACUACUAUUUUGACCCCGAAUUCAAGUGAAGGCACAUUUCCCUCGCAUUUGUUGUCCUCUAAAACUAAAAGUGUGCUCAUUCCUGAUCGGGAAAUAGGUCUCUGCCAGGAUCUGGUUUUUCCUGUUACAAAUUUUCUUAAUGAAGAUAAAGGCUUUAUGACAUUGGGUGGGGAUGUUUUUGAUGUGCCAAUUAGAAAGGAUAUUAUUCACCGUGUCGUGAGGUGGCAACUAGCUAAGCGGCGGCAGGGGACACAUUCAACCAAAACCAUUAGUGAGGUUAGUGGGACUGGCAGAAAGCCUUGGAACCAGAAGGGUCUUGGUCGAGCAAGGCAUGGAACACUGCGCGGUCCACAGUUUAGGGGUGGUGCUAUCAUGCAUGGUCCAAAGCCACGAAGUCAUGCUAUCAAGCUAAAUAAGAAGGUUCGGCGACUAGGACUGAAGAUUGCACUUUCAGCUCGUGCUGCUGAAGGGAAGCUUAUGGUUUUUGAGGAUUUAGAUGUUCCUACCCACAAGACAAAGAACAUUGUGAACUUUGUCAGUCAAAUGGAGAAUGCUAAGAAAAUUCUGCUGGUUGAUGGCGGUCCUAUUAACGAGAAGCUGAAGUUGGCUACUCAGAAUUUACAUUAUGUCAACGUACUGCCUUCCAUUGGUCUGAAUGUUUACAGCAUCCUUUUGCACGAUACGCUAGUAAUGUCACAGGAUGCCGUGAACCGAAUAGUUGAAAGGAUGAGAACUCCAAUCAAUCGCUGACAGAGCUCGUGCAUGCUGCCAUCAGAACAGAUACUGGGUUCUUAUUUACCUCGACUGAAGGCUGUAUUGCACACGUCUACUUAAGGUAUUUCUCAUCCCCUGCAGUUGAGUAGUUCGUGAACCGGGAUUUCACACUGUGUUUAUUGCUUGUGAGAACUCACAUUUUUAGAGCUUAGAUUUUUUCACUAAGAUGUUCUCUAGAAAAUUAUGCGACUACUCUGAUUUAAUUUUACUUUGUGCUGCUUCUCGCCUCUCAUGAAUAGUGGGAUAAUAUCAUAACUUAGUUUUGAAUAA